UACCUCAAACGGAAGAGAAAACAGAGUUGCGCUGUCGAUAAAAGACAUUGGAAUGAACAGAAUCAUAUCCGCGCUUCUAUUUCUGCCUCUGGGCAUAAUAUUUGUCUGCGAAGGAGGCAACCCUUGCUGUUCGCAGCCAUGCCUGAACCGCGGCGUGUGUACUGCCAUGGGCUCAGAAGACUAUGAGUGCGACUGCACACGCACCGGAUUCUACGGCCACAACUGCACACAACCUGAAUUUUUCACGUGGAUUAAAGUGUCUCUGAAGCCUGGCCCAAACACAGUGCAUUACCUCCUCACCAACUACAAGGGGUUCUGGAACAUCAUCAAUAGCAUUUCAUUCCUCAGGGAUGCUAUCAUGAGAUAUGUUCUGACAUCCCGCUCUCAUCUGAUCGACAGUCCACCGACCUUCAAUGCGGACUAUAAUUAUAAAAGCUGGGAAGCCUACUCCAACCUGUCUUACUACACACGAACCCUCCCUCCUCUGCCCAAGGAUUGCCCAACCCCAAUGGGAGUCGUAGGUAAGAUAGAGCUACCUGAUGCUAAGAUGCUGGCUGAGAAGCUCCUGAUCAGGAGGAAAUUUAUCCCCGACCCCCAGGGUUCCAGCCUGAUGUUUGCUUUCUUCGCCCAACACUUCACCCACCAGUUCUUCAAAUCUGACCAGAAGAUGGGGCCGGCAUUUACUAAAGCCAAGGGCCAUGGGGUGGACCUUGGUCACAUCUACGGGGAAAACCUUGAGAGGCAACACAAACUGCGGCUCUUCAAGGAUGGCAAGCUGAAGUUUCAGGUGCUGGAUGGAGAGGUGUACCCACCUACAGUGAAAGAGGUUGGGGCUGAUAUGCACUACCCUCCCCAUGUCCCUGAGUCUCACCGCUUCGCUGUGGGCCAUGAGGCGUUCGGCCUGGUGCCUGGUCUCAUGAUGUACGCUACUAUCUGGCUGAGGGAACACAACCGCGUCUGUGAUGUCCUGAAGGAGGUCCACCCGGACUGGGAUGAUGAUAGGCUCUUCCAGACAUCACGCCUCAUUCUCAUUGGUGAGACCAUCAAGAUUGUGAUCGAGGACUAUGUGCAGCACCUGAGCGGCUACCACUUCAAGCUGAAGUUCGACCCGGAGCUUCUCUUCAAAGAGCGUUUCCAGUAUCAGAACCGCAUCGCAUCAGAGUUCAACACCCUGUACCACUGGCACCCACUGAUGCCCGACGCCUUCCACAUCCAGGAGCAGGUUUACUCCUACCCCCAGUUUGUCUUCAACACCUCCGUGGUCACCACACACGGCAUCUCCAACCUGGUGGAAUCCUUCACCAAGCAGAUCGCUGGACGGGUUGCUGGAGGUCGUAACGUCCCCCCUGCAGUGAUGAUGGUGGCUCUGAAGUCCAUAGAGAACAGCAGACAGAUGCGCUACCAGUCCCUCAACGCCUAUAGGAAACGCUUCUCCAUGAAGCCAUACACCUCCUUUGAAGACCUCACAGGAGAAAAGGAGAUGGCUGCAGAGCUGGAGGAGAUGUAUGGGCAUGUGGAUGCUGUGGAGCUCUACCCAGGUCUGCUGGUGGAGAAGCCCAGAACCAAUGCUAUCUUUGGGGAGACCAUGGUGGAGAUGGGUGCCCCCUAUUCUCUGAAAGGCCUGAUGGGAAACCCCAUUUGCUCACCAGAGUACUGGAAGCCCAGCACCUUUGGCGGGAGCGUCGGCUUUGACAUCAUCAACACCGCGUCCUUACAGAGGCUGGUGUGCAGCAACGUCAAGGGCCCGUGCCCUGUGGCGUCCUUUCAUGUGCCCGACGUAGAAGACAAUAGAUCCAAUACCAUCAAUUCCAGUACAGCACAGUCGGGGAGCAACGAUGUCAACCCCACAGUACUUCUGAAAGAAAGGACCACUGAGCUCUGAUAAGGCAUCAGCUGAAAUAGUUUCUGGAAUUAAACUUUUAAAUGUAUUUUAAAUGUAACUUUUAUUUAUUUAUUUUAAUAUUUAUUUAUAAUUUAUUGCAUCCUGGAAUUUUUAUUGAGAAAUGUUGUUGAGAAAUGUUUUCUUCUGCCUCUGAUUGUUUUGACAUUACUUUUGUAAGUUCAAAGAAACCAAUCCUUUUAGUUGUAUUUAUUCUAAGAGCUAAUUUAAAGAUGGAAUCCGCAGCAGAGGGAAACAGUGCCAUUGGCUGCCACAUUGUCAGGGUUUUUGGUGCAGAGCAGCAUGGUACAUAAGGGGCUGUUCUAUCACGUGU